UUAAGCGGGCGGGUGGGGGGGUUUCGGGAGGGGAAGCCUCGCCCGCGGAGAAGCGGGGGCUGGGAGCCACCGAAGAGGCCCGUCGAGGGGAUGUGGCGGUGGAUCCGGCAGCAGCUGGGUUUUGACCCACCACAUCAGAGUGAUAACCGAACUAUUUAUAUAGCCAAUCGUUUUCCUCAGCAUGGUCAUUAUGUUCCUCAGAAGUUUGCAGAAAACAGAAUAAUCUCCUCUAAGUAUACUGUAUGGAAUUUUGUUCCCAAAAAUUUGUUUGAGCAGUUCAGAAGGGUAGCCAACUUUUAUUUUCUUAUUAUAUUUUUGGUUCAGCUUAUGAUAGAUACACCUACAAGUCCAAUAACCAGUGGAUUGCCAUUGUUUUUUGUAAUAACUGUGACUGCCAUAAAGCAGGGCUAUGAAGAUUGGUUACGCCAUAAAGCAGACAAUGAAGUGAAUGGAGCUCCAGUGUAUGUUGUUCGCAGUGGUGGCCUUGUAAAAACAAGAUCAAAGAACAUUCGGGUGGGAGAUAUUGUCAGAGUAGCCAAAGAUGAAACUUUCCCUGUUGAUCUCGUACUUCUGUCAUCUGACAGAGCAGAUGGCUCUUGCUACGUUACUACUGCAAGCUUGGAUGGAGAAACUAAUCUUAAGACGCAUGUUGCAGUCCCCGAAACAGCAGUAUUGCAGUCAGUUGCCAAUCUGGACAAACUUGUAGCUGUUAUAGAAUGUCAGCAACCAGAAGCAGAUCUAUACAGAUUCGUUGGACGAAUAACAAUAAGUCAACAAAUUGAGGAAAUAGUACGACCUCUUGGACCUGAAAGUCUCUUACUUCGUGGAGCAAGAUUGAAAAACACCAAAGAAAUUUUUGGUGUUGCAGUGUAUACAGGAAUGGAGACGAAGAUGGCAUUAAAUUACAAGAGUAAAUCACAGAAACGAUCAGCAGUAGAAAAGUCUAUGAAUUCCUUUUUGAUCAUCUAUCUAAUAAUCCUCCUCUUUGAAGCAAUCUUGAGUACAAUAUUGAAAUAUGCCUGGCAGUCUGAAGAAAAGUGGCAUGAGCCUUGGUACAACCAGCAAACUGAUCAUGAAAGAAACAGCAGCAAGAUUCUGAGAUUUAUUUCAGAUUUCCUUGCUUUCCUGGUCCUUUACAACUUCAUUAUUCCCAUUUCACUGUACGUGACUGUUGAGAUGCAGAAAUUUCUAGGAUCUUUUUUUAUUGGUUGGGAUCUUGACCUCUAUCAUGAAGAAACAAAUGAGAAGGCCCAAGUGAAUACUUCAGACCUCAAUGAAGAGCUGGGACAGGUGGAGUAUGUGUUUACAGAUAAAACUGGUACAUUAACUGAAAAUGUGAUGCAGUUUCGGGAAUGUUCUAUUAAUGGUAUAAAGUACCAAGAGAUCAAUGGCAAACUGGUUCCAGAAGGGCUGAUUGAGGAUUUUCCAGAUGGAAUACAGCCUAGACUGACGGAAGAGGAGGAAAUCUUCCUGAAAGCUGUUUGUCUCUGUCACACGGUGCAGAUUAAUAAUGACCAAACUGACGGCAUUUGUGACAGUCCUUGGCGUAGCAAUGGCAUAUCCUCUCAGCUGGAAUACUAUGCCUCCUCCCCAGAUGAAAAGGCUUUAGUCGAAGCUGCCCGCAGGGUUGGUGUUGUGUUUACUGGAGCAAGCGCAGAAAGUAUGGAGCUUAAAAGCUGUGGAAAGCCAGAAAGGUACAAAUUACUACAUGUUUUGGAGUUUGAUGCAAAUCGCAGAAGAAUGAGCGUAAUUGUAGAAAGCCCAUCAGGUGAGAAGCUCUUAUUCACCAAAGGUGCAGAAUCCGUUAUUCUUCCUCGCAGUACAAGUGGAGAGGUAGAAAAAACCAGAAUUCAUGUGGAUGAAUUUGCUUUGAAAGGAUUAAGAACUCUGUGUGUAGCUUACAGAAAAUUCACCGCUAAGGAGUAUCAGGAAGUCGAAAAACGCCUUUUUGAGGCAAAAACCGCUUUACAACAGCGGGAAGAGCGAUUGUCGGAGGUGUAUAACUUUAUAGAAAAUGACCUGGUACUACUUGGAGCUACAGGAGUGGAAGACAAACUCCAAGACAAAGUCCAGGAAACCAUAGAAGCGCUCCGACUGGCAGGUAUUAAAGUGUGGGUGCUCACUGGCGACAAGCACGAAACCGCUGUCAGUGUCAGUUUAUCUUGCGGACACUUCCAUAGAACCAUGAACAUCCUGGAACUUGUGCAACACAAAUCAGACAGUACAUGUGCAGAGCAGCUGAGGCAGCUAGCCAGAAGAAUAGAGGAGGACCAUGUAAUCCAGCAUGGGCUGGUGGUGGACGGGACCAGCCUCUCCCUCGCACUCAGGCAGCAUGAGAAGCUCUUCAUGGAAGUCUGCAGAAAUUGCUCUGCCGUCCUGUGCUGUCGCAUGGCACCUCUGCAGAAAGCAAAGGUUGUGCGGCUGUUGAAAACCUCUCCAGAGAAGCCUAUCACGUUAGCUAUAGGAGAUGGAGCUAAUGAUGUGAGCAUGAUACAGGAAGCUCAUGUUGGGAUAGGUAUUAUGGGUAAAGAAGGAAGACAAGCUGUAAGAAACAGUGACUAUGCAAUUGCAAGAUUUAAAUUUCUUUCCAAAUUACUUUUGGUCCACGGCCACCUUUAUUAUAUUAGAAUAGCAACCCUUGUACAGUACUUUUUUUACAAGAAUGUGUGCUUUAUUACACCACAGUUUUUAUAUCAAUUCUUUUGCUUGUUUUCACAACAAACUCUGUACGACAGUGUGUACCUGACUUUGUACAACAUUUGUUUCACCUCCCUGCCAGUCCUCAUGUACAGUCUUUUUGAACAGCACGUGCAUCCCCAUGUAUUACACAGCAAGCCAACGCUGUAUCGAGACAUCAGUAAAAAUGCCCACUUGGGCUUUAAGCCUUUCCUUUACUGGACCUUCCUGGGAUUCGUUCAUGCUUUUGUUUUCUUCUUUGGCUCAUAUAUUCUGAUGGGAGAAGACACUUCAUUGCUGGGAAAUGGCCAGAUGUUUGGAAACUGGACAUUUGGUACUCUGGUUUUCACGGUUAUGGUUAUAACAGUGACAAUGAAGAUGGCUUUAGAGACUCAUUUCUGGACCUGGAUAAACCAUUUUGUUACCUGGGGUUCCAUUGUCUUUUACUUUGUAUUCUCCUUGUUCUAUGGGGGAAUUAUCUGGCCAUUUUUGCACACCCAAGACAUGUACUUCGUAUUUGUCCAGUUGCUCUCCAGUGGCUCUGCUUGGUUUGCCAUAAUCAUCAUAGUUGUCACUUGUUUGUUUUUCGAUAUUGUGAAAAAAGUACUGUACAGACACCUGCAGCCCACAAGUACAGAAAAAGCCCAGCUUACUGAGACAAGUGCAGGUAUCAACUGCUUGGACUCCAUGUGCUGCUUCUCAGAUGGAGAAACAGCAUGUGCGCCUCUUAGAAGAAUGCUGGAGCGAGUGAUGGGGAGCUGCAGCCCGACGCGAAUCAACAGAUCAUGGAGCUCUACGGAACCCUUCUAUACCAACGACCGAAGCAUCUUGACGUUGUCCACAAUGGACUCAAUCAUAUGUUGAGACUUUUCUCAGUGUCUUUUGGAAAUCCAUAAGCUUGCUAGCUUACAAACAGAUUCAGUAGCGUACCACUGGUUUAGCAAAUCUGCUACCCACCCCUCACCCCCAAUUUUUUAUUUUAAAGAAAAGUCUUUUUGUCCUGGGGUGUCUCUUAUUUCCCCCCAAAUUGUUGCAGAAGAUUUAAGGAGAUUUUCCUCUGGGUUCCAUGCCAAACAGCCUGGGUGGAAUAGUUUGUAUUUCAUUUGAAUGUCGCUGGAAAGCAGUUAUGGGUUGUCCUACUAUAAGAAUAUUGAUUUUGAAGGUUCCAGAUUAUCAUUUGCAACGAACCAUGUUGAAAAUGCCAUUUAAUGGAGCUGAAACCUAUUGGCAUUCUUCAGAUGGAUACUCUUGGUUUUCCAUGAGCGAGUCAAUCAACAACAAUAUGUUGGAAUCAUUUUAAAAGGAAAGACGUGGUUUGAUUUGCUGUCCAGAGAUCCAUACUCUUAAGAAGAUAAUCAAGAUAGGACGUUGCUAGCACUAUUAAUGUGGUAGCUCCAACAUCUCCACAAAUUGAGAACUCAAUAUUUGUCAUACCCUUGUUAGACUACCUGGAAGUUUUGAACAUGGAAAAUCACAGCAAAGUGUUGUUGAAUGAAUAAUUGUUUUGUUCCCCAGGCAUGCAUGAUCAGGGGGCUGCUUUUUUGUACACAUUCCCCCCCUCCAUAUAUUUAUUUUGUAAUAUUAUCCUCUUAAUAGGAGAGCACUUUUAAGCAGUUAAUUAUUCUCCCGGUUUUUGCAGGGACUGCAGACUUAGUGGCAGCCCUUUUAUGAAUCCCGUAUCACCCCUGUGCAGGAGUUCACAUUUCAAAAUGCCACCCCUGUGCAAAUUGCUCGCAUGUCCACUGCAGUUUCCUUUUUGAGCCAAACAGGUCAUAAGCGACACUGAGAAGAGCAUCAUCUUCCUGGUGGUGGAAAAAAAACAAUGCGUAAAAUGAGGCCAUUGUGUUUCGUUUCUGUAUCGGGGCUCAACUGCAUUGAGUGCGAUGAGCUCAUGACACCCUUCAUCUUUGGCCAGGCACCAGUGGGGUUGCUGCUCUCACCAGCCACGUGCCCCUAUAAAUGUACACUUUGGAAGUGUCAUUGCUUUUCCCACCAGGCUGCUUUUGAGGCGGCCUUAACUAGCUGCGUCGGUGGCUGCUUCCAAAAAUGCAGCAAGCCUCAAAGAACCCCGUUCCGUGUUUGGAUCUCAUUGCGUUGACCUCUGGGUUGGGUCCUCUGCUUGCAGACGCUGUCAUUUCUAGGAAUGCCUGCAAGUGUUUUUUGCCACAAGUUCAUUUUUUCCUUAGAGAGGAGGGGUAUUCAAUAUACGCCAGCAGCACUCUGGCACAGCUCCUGUGCAUUUCAGUUUAGAGGCGCAAAGGAAGGAAGGCGUUCCCGGUGGAUGACACCCCUUGUGAUCAGAUAGCUGCUGUUUGCAUAAGUGAUUUUGUCUCCAUGUUUUCUCCUUAUUCAGUCCAUUUUGUCAGUGACAUAAACCACUAAUUCAUACAUGCUGUUGCCCUCCUGGUUUUUCAUUUCAUCUCCUCAUUUCAUCUUUUCAGGCAAAAGGUUAGAAAAGACAUCAGGCUUGACAAAUAAUCAAGCUCCAAGCAUUUAUUGAAGUGUAUAACUUAAGUUACUUUUUUAAAAAAAGAGUGUUUGAAGAGUUAGAUUUUUAAAUACUUUUGUCCACAGUUGCGCAAUUUGAAGAGUGAUUGACUUCAUUUUUUUCAAAACUUCCCAUUUCUCCCUCCUCUCUCUCUCCUCCCCUCCUCAGUGUAUGUAAGGGCGCAGAAGAAGCAUGUAUUUAAACAAAUUCAGGAAAAGUAUAAGAGUCCAUCUGUCCAAGCCCAGGUAUAAUUUUCUAUCUGAGGGGGGAAAGCAAACUCAGAGAAGAUUUAUUUCAUUGUACCAUUUGUUUUGUGCAUGAUAAACAGGACUUGGGGCAAAUGGAAGCAGAGCUAAUAUAUUUUGUAUUGGACCACAGAUGCUUUUAUAAUUUUAUCUUUUUUUAAAAAAAGAAUAAUGUUUGUGCAUUUUGGUUUCUUGGUCUGAUUAGUUCUAGGUUCAGCCAUAGGCCGAACAAAAUGAAUCCAGUGUGAAAUUCAUGAAUUAUAACAUAUUUGUACCUGUUAAGACCAGCCAGGAAAAGUAGAGUGGGCCCAUUUUCCUGCUUUACUGAUUUUAGGUAAGGGUUAAGUUCUGUUAAGUCUCUCUAGUUCACGGAAUACACACAAGGAAACCUAGUGUCAAAUUAGCGUUGCGUAUUGCCGAUCCCCUGGAAGAAUCUGAACUGAAAAAUCCCAGUUCAGCAGUCAAAUGUUCAUCCAAGAUUCCCAGUCCAAAACCCUGCGAAGAGGCAUGACGUGCGGACAGGGCCGUCUUCAUUCAUAUCACCGUGGAAGCCUUCACCACGGUAGGAACUCUGCAGAAACGUUGGCCAUGGAGAACUGUAUCAAACCCUUGACUUUGCUCCUUAGGAUUGCUAGAUGGGGCUUCUAGAGGUACUCAAGUGACUCAGAAAGCCAUCUCUCUUACAGAGUGUGACAUCAUGCAUAUAGCCUCAUGCUGUCUGGCACAGUCCUGCCCAGAACAAGCCAACAUGGAUUGUCCUCCACCUUCCGGGCAGCUCUGUGCGUUGCUUCAAGUUGGCCAGGUCCGUUCUUUCUUCCAACCCCAGUCUGCGCAUGGCCAGGUUUGUGGCAUCCCCAUUCAUAGUGGGGUAUGCCUUUUCUAAAUGCCACACCUUGAUUGUGGAGCAUGUUCCCUGCUCUCCACAUUGGUGUUGGUGUGGGAGUGGUUCUGGGAAGGGUUUUCCGCCUGUCUCUUUGCGACGUGCAUCUGUUGUAUUUUGGCCUUGCUGACAAGCUUUCUGCUGCUGCCCCAAAUGUUACCCUCAACAGAAAAUACUGGGAUGUAUCUGGCUCAAAAGGGACAGAAGAAGAGAAUCCUCCUCUCACAGUAACCUUUGACAAUUGGGCCUUGUUUAUCAUGAGAACAGGCGUAAGGAACGUCCGGCUCCCUCGAGCCCUAUACAAAAUGGCCAGUGGUCUGGAAUGAUGGUGGUUGUAGUCCACUAACAUGGGGCAGGCCAUGAGUUCUUAACCCAUGGCUUGGAGAGUACAAUGUGGAGAGGAGACUGAUUUUCCCAUGGAAAUCAGAAGGUGUUUAGGCCCCCUUGUUUAGAACUAGUUCGGACUUUACAGAUUUUUCCACAAAAGGGGACUUGGCCAUCCUUCAGCUGCUGGGAGAAAGAAACUCCUAAUGACAACAGACAAGAAAUAAGCUUGGGACUCAGGGACUCAGUGGGUCAGGCAUCUCCUACAUGCAGCUCUAGUUGCAAUACUUUGGGGGUAUCUGCAGAGCCCCACGGAUACUACUUAUUUCCAAAUACUGUGGAGUUUUGUCUGCUUAAAACAUGCUAUGCAUAUUUAAGGAUGUUUGGAGGUUUGCGGGAGGGGGCAGCGUAUCAAAAACACUCCCUGCAAAGUCCCGUUGCCUUCAGUGGGCCUACACAGCCUCUGCCCAUGUAAAGUUUCACCAGUAUCGCCCUGUGUGAAGCUGCAUUAUGUAGUGCUAAACAUUGCUCAGCCAUUGAAAGAAGGUCGUCUGAAACAUCAUUUUGACCUGCUCCCCCCCCCCCCCAAGUUUUUAAGGCUGAAUAGAAUCUCUCUUUAAAAUUUAAUAUUCCAAAUCUGAUUGCUUUGUGAGCUUCACUUUCCAAGUGUAUCUAACAUGCAAUCAGUAGAACAUUUGUAUAUCGAAAUCUCUAUAUAUAUUAUGCAGGAGUGACUUAAAUGCCUAAUAGGAAAAGCUGGGGGAAAGCACCCAGGAGCUGGAGUUCAGGUAGCUCAAGUGUAGAGACCUUGUUUUGAACGCAGAAGGUUCCAAGUUUAGGCCCUGGGGUCAACUGGCUUUGAAACACUUUGGACUGAACCCCGAAGAGCUGCCAACCAGUGUAGACUACCGAGCUAGAUGGACUAGGGAGUUGAUGCAUAGUGGCUUCCUGUAACACAUACCCAUUGUCAUAAGGAUGCUGCGGAAACCUGCUGUGGCUCUGCUCCCUAAAAUCCCGGGGAUUGCAAUUGGGUGCAGGUACUACACAUACGCCAACACUUACAGAGCUUCCAGGGUUCCCCAGGGAUAAGGAAUGCAAACCCAAACUUCUGCAGUGUAGACUGGCUUGAGAGAGAAGGAGGGUCGUUUGUGUUAAACCCGGGCCCCACAGUGAGAAAUGUGACUAACGCUGGACCGUGGAAAUGUUGAAGGACUGACUACAAGUAGAGCCUGUGUGCUUAUUAUGGAGCAAUGCCAACAAUAAUUUGGUGGCGGACACAACUAUGGCCAUCUUUAUCCUUUUUGCCAUGUGUCAUGUAAAUGCGUUGAACCUCUGUAACAGCUGAUGGACAGUAGAAUGUUAAGUGACUGAGAAGGGCCCAGAGACAUAUUAGGAAGUAUGCAGACUGUGCUUUCCUUCACUUGGUGUCCUCUUGUUGAAGUACCACCUGCAGUGGCCGGAGGCCACCAAGUUGGAGCAAAAUCACUGCAAAGGGAUGGUUGAUCAUGCUCAAACCUCCUGUCUCUGAGCUCCACUCUGCAUGGUGGACUUUUGUAGCAGAGUGAACUUGGAUAGGAUUGUGCUGUAAUUCGGCCUCACUAAAAUCAAUGGGGGGUGGGUAAAACACAGCUCAUAAUCUCUGCCUUGGGGCAGAAUUUAGGUUUCAAUGAGAUCCCGUGCGACAGAUAGUGCUUGUUGUGUGUGUACUCACCAUUUUCAACAAGAAUUGCCAUUUCAGAGAAAGCCUAUUUUGUUACUUAGCUGCAGGAUUAAAUAUUUACUGACUUGUUUUUUUUUAAAGAAGCUGGGAAAUACUUUAUUUUUAAAACAGAGGGUGGUUUCAGGUAUGAAACAUUAUUCUUACUAUGCCAAAGACUGCGCUUCAUCAAACAUGCUUGAUUCGAGGUCCUGCAAAUUGGUCCUCCUUCAUGAAGACACAGCAAGCCCUCUUGAUUCUCAGUUGUGGACAAGCCUGGUGGGGUGCACUGCUCUCAGGGUUUGAAAAGGCCCCUGCAUGGUGCCGUUGGAAGGAGCACCGAAUGCAGCCCCACCUUAGCUGUUUGAAACUGUGCAAGAGGGACAUUAAAGCAGCAUUGCCUGUUGGGAACCAUAGCAAUAAUAGGUACCAAGUAAUCUUGACCCUGGGCACUGUGGCCACCUCUACCAUCGUUUUUAGAUCCUCUGUGGAAACAGAGUUUAAUAUAGCGUGCUGACCGUACUGCUAUGUCAAUAGGUUGUUCUACAAAAGUUUAUGGAAAUUAUAUUUAUUGAAUAAAUCUUUUGACUUUUA